UCGUUGUCUGUCUGUCUUGAUUGUCCGUCGCAAAUGUCUGAACGAGUUGAUUUGUUAUAAAUUUUGUGAAAUUGAAGAUGUUUUGUUGUGAAACUAGUGCAUUUUUGUUGGUUCACAAGUGCUAUGUGAUAUUCUUGCUGUGCUAAAGACAUUUAUUUACCUUGGGGGCGCGAAAGAAGGUUCGGCGGGGUUAUGCCCGGAGGAUGCCGUCGACGUCGCGGUCGCGGGGCUCCGGUCGCGGGCCGGAAGCGCCGCGGACCCAAGUUCUAGCACCUAUGUCGGAGCGGCAGCAGUUGGCACUGGUGAUGCAAAUAUCAUCCCAGGACGCCCCCCCAGUCGCUCCGACACCCGCAGAAGAAAGAAAACGGUCUAGACAACAGCGCAACGAGCGCGGCGAAACACCCCUACACGUAGCAGCCAUCAGGGGUGACCACGAUCAAGUCAAAAAGCUUCUCGAUCAAGGACAAGAUCCGGAUGUACCCGACUUUGCAGGUUGGACUCCGCUUCAUGAAGCUUGUAGUUAUGGGUGGUACCAAGUUGUAGAAGUUCUUGUGAAUGGUGGAGCCAAUGUCAAUGCUAAAGGCUUAGAUGACGAUACACCCCUUCAUGAUGCCACUACAUCAGGAAACCUGCAAAUGGUGCAGUUUCUUGUAGAAAAUGGAGCAGAACCAUUUGUGAAAAAUACAAAAGGAAAAAUGCCUUCAGAUUAUGCAGCUCCACAUAUAUUGGAAUAUCUCGAAUCAUUGAAAGAUAAUAACGCGAGAGCUUCACACGGUAGUCGCGCGAGGGAUGACUCAGGCAAGAAGGGUGGCAAUGCAAGUGCUCACAGCGAAAACACUAAGCGCUCCAACAUGGAAGGCCUAGCGCAGGGCGAACACUUUGACGGAAAAGAUGCAUUGGCACAGGAAAAGGGGAACAAUGAAAACAGAGAUGAAAACCAGCUAAGUAGUGGCGUGGUUUCGUCAACUCAAGACGAAACCACUAGCAGUAAUAAGAAACCGUACACAGAUGAAGGCCAAGAGGCAGAGGCAGCAGAUGAAGAUGUGUCCAAACGAAAGAAAAGGAAAGAAAAUGAAGAGAAAGAACCGAUGGCGAAACCCGCUCCAGUCUCCAGGAGUGGACCUGGGCGUGUUUUAACCGGUACCAAGCCGCCAGGUCCUGCAAGUAAGACUGGCGCAGCACCAUUAGGUAAGGGCGGCGUAUCGCAGAGCACUGGCAAAGGUGGAGCCGGCAGCUCUUCAGGAAAAGGAAUGCAGGCGCAGGGUAAGGGAGGUGCAGGAUCCAAAGCGAAUGCACAGACAUACCAGAAGGGAAAGUCAUCGAGUACAAAGGGCGCAUCAGGCUCGCAAUCUAAGCAAGACAGAAAAAGUCCAGUAGCAAGUCCGAAACCAAAUCAAAGCAAAGACGCGGAUGGUGACGGUGAUGAACAGAAAGCUCCUGAGUCCACUGCUCCGAAGGUUCCGCCGCUCAAGAUUGUGAUCCCGGGCGGCGCGAGCGGUUCGGGCAGUAGGAAUGAACAAGAGGGAGAUGGCGGCUCAGGACAAAGAGGCAGCGGGAAAGGUCGAGGUAGCGCGUCUACUCUGCCGUACGUUUUGCCCUGCACAAGUACAGACACUGGACAGACUUCAGACAGCUCGGAUGGCAACUCUGAUGACAAAAGAACUGGGGAAGGCGGCAAGGCUGGACAGAGAGUCCUCCGUUCGCAUAGGACGAACGAUGGAGAGAAAGAAAAGGACAAGGAGAGAACGUCCCCUCAUACGGGGGCGGAGACACGAGGCUCUGGAAAUCACCCUUUGAAUUCCAACAAGAGCCCUCCACCUUCGGGCUCCGGCCAUGACGGGGACCACGCGCCGUCGUCGUCAAGUGCAGGAGGAAGAUCAGAAUCGGGUGCUGGCCAGUCAGUGGAGUUACAUCCGAGAAAGAGGAAGAUAAAGGCGGCAAGAGAUAGUCACUCGCGAGAUCUGAAAAACAGCGACCCUACGCCGGACUCCAGUUCAGCCGCGCACAACAUCACACACUCGAACCCGUACCAAAUGUACAUUCACAUACGAAAACAGAUCGAUACGCGGCAGAAGAGUUUGUUCCCCGUAAAACCGAAGCCCCCGAAGGACUUCAACAAGUACCUGAUGAACCGGUGCACGUACACCCUGCAGGGCAACGUCAACCCGGAGCCUCCGGUGGAGGUGCCCGCCAACCUGCCGCCGCAGAUGGUCGCCGAGUUCAUGGCUCAGGAGAAAGAGAGAACUCGCCUGAGGAUCCAACAUCUAGUGGAGAAAGAGAAACUUGUGCUGGCUGUUGAACAGGAAAUUCUACGAGUGCACGGGCGCGCCGAACGCGCUGUGGCUAAUCAAGCUCUCCCCUUUUCUGUGUGCACGGUUCUACGAGACAAUGAAGUAUACAACGUGCUAGCGCCAGAACAAGAAGAGAAACGCAACGCGCAGCGCUCCCGAUGCAACGGAAGACAGAUCAAGUCUUGGCUGCAAGAAGUUGACGAUAAGUGGGAGAAAAUCAAGGAGGGUAUGCUUCGACGUCAGCACACGGAGGCAGAGACUUUACAUGCGGUACAGAUGAUGGGGUGGGAGUGGAAACUAAAGGAGCUCGGUAUCUGCGACUACAAGACCACACCCAAGAUUGACCCCUCUCACGUACCACAAAUACAUGUGUCAAAUUUUGACUUGCCCGCUUGAAUUUUAAGUUCAUAUUGCCUGUGUUCAUAUAAAGCUAGCACGUUCCACGCGCAGCGCGCUAGCACACUUCACUAUACUAUCUUGAGUUAUCAUAUCAUCGAUUAUUACUACUAACGUUAUAACAACAAUUGGUAAUACGACUCAAGCGGAGCUUCUAAAUUGGUAUUAAUAUCAAAAUUUUCUCGACGGUCGUCGAGUCUCCUAAGGAUUUCCCCGCGUCCCAUUGCAUGGUACCUGGUGAUACGUCACUUAUUUUUAUUAAGUUAACUUUUGUAAAAUGUACGAAUUACCUGUUACCAUGGGAUGGUUAAAAUUUCCAAAAUAUUUCUUAUAUAACGCGUCGGCGUUAAUAACAGCCAGGUUAUGUCAGCUAGGACUGGUCACUAAAGCCAAUGUUCAUUUAUUUAAGUAUUUAUUUAUUAAAGUACUACCACAUCACAUACAUUACAACACUGGUGCCGGUCCUGGCGGACAGCAACUUAAUACGUAAUUACUACGUAUAGAAUGGACACUCCGUCCCACACCAGUUGCAAUCGGUGCCCAGCUAGGUUUACCUCUCGUAUGCUUGAAGCAUGCUGUGAGUGUACUAAUAAAAUGGACUCCAUGCGAUCCUUGCGUACAAGAGCAUUUUAUAGAAGGGCUUUGUUUUUGAUCUAUUUAAAAUCAAUGGAGUUUCUUCACCUAGCAUCUGAGCCGCCUUGGUUACAGCUUGUCGGUAUGAAAGAUAAAAGCCCACUGUCUAUUAUUGUGGUAUUAGUGUUCGCAAGGAAAACGCGAACGAAUUGUUUUGUUCGAACUUUAUAGUUAAGAUUAAUUAAUUUUUAAUGUAUAUUUGGUUUACGUGUGAUAUGGUAAUCACAUAGACGUAUUUUAUUAUAAUGUGCGAAGUUGACAUUAAUUUAGUAAUUGUGACAUUAAUUUGUAUGAUGAUUUCAAUAGUUUUGUAUGAUAUUAUAGAGAUUGACAAUUUAAAAUAUGGACAUUUUUAUAUUCAAAUCUUAUAAUUGGAUAUAAUUAUCAUUUUCUAUCUCCCUAAAUGUAUUUUUUUAUUAUAAAAAUUAUAGAAAAUGACUUGUAAUUGUUUAAUCUGUGUAUGUUGUAAGUUGACUUGUAAUAAAAAAUAAUGUAGGUACGUAUCGUUUGGAGGUACCAGCAUUUUACCUAUUUUAAUAUCCUAGAUAUAUAAAUUUAUCUAUUAGUCAUAUAUAAUCGAAACAUAUUUAUAACUAAUUUCUGUGAUUUUUUUGCUAUGUAAGUUUUGUUAUGUUACAUACAAUUCCGGAACACAAAGCUUUUGACUGCCUUCAGAUAUUAUGUUAUGCUCAAGAGCCUCCUUUUUUUUUGGCAAAAAAUACAUGCAGCUUGGAAAAGUGAGCAGAACCAAGUCUAUGCUGUGGCCGGUGAGUUGACAGCAUAAUGUGUAAUAUUAGUCCAAUAUUUUUCUUUUAAACAAGUCAUUGUAAUCCUAUUCAACACCAAUUCUAAAAUAAAAUCAUAAUUGUGUACUGGAAGCGAUUGAACAUAGGUACGAAGUAUGAGGUAAUUUAAAGCAAGCUCAUGAAUUUGGGCAUAGAUGCCAUUUUAAGAUCAAUCAUUUGAUUGAAUUCACAUCAUUAAUUUAAGAGUCACGCUCUUGUCGAUGCAGCAUUCUCUGCUACUUUUUAGGUAUGAAUAGGACAGUGGUUUCCGUCUUGCCUUCCGCCCCGCAGUGUUACAUAAUAAUGUCACCAUGAAAAUGUCUUUACUGCAAUGGGAUUAAUUACAUGUCUGCUCGAUUAACUUUUCGUUUUCACUAUAUUAUCAGAAAUAAAAAUCAAUGAUAAGAAAAUAUUUUGUCUGAAAAUUUAGUUACAAAAUUACAAAGAAACUAUUUACUUCAUGCUUUAAAUACCCUCGGAAGAAUAAAAAUCAUUUAUAAGUAACUUGUGAAAUAUUAGUUUCUUUGUAGUUGGGAUUUAACACAUGCUUCUUAUUUAAUUCAAAUGAGUUGAAUUAUAUAGAUCUCAGUGUAAA